CACUGUGAGAACCCGAGAACCACACCGGACACACCUCCUCCCAGCGACCAAAUCCGCCGCCGCCACCGGAAGGAAGGAAGAGAGCCCCGCGGCGCGCGAUGAACACGGACAUCACCGCGUCGGUGAAGCCGGAGUACCCGGUGGUGGACCGGAACCCUCCCUUCACCAAAGUCGUCGGCAACUUCUCCACGCUCGACUACCUCCGCCUCUCCACCAUCUCCGCCGUCUCCGUCACCGUCGGCUACCUCUCCGGGAUCAAGCCGGGGAUCCGCGGGCCGUCGAUGGUGACGGGGGGCCUCAUCGGCGUCCUGGGCGGGUUCAUGUACGCCUACCAGAACUCCGCCGGGAGCCUCAUGGGGUUCUUCCCCAACGAGUCCGAGGUCGCGCGCUACAAGUACAAGCUGUAGUAGCAGGAGGCGCCAUUUCUCCUCGCUUCGCUACCGCAAAAGUGUUACAGUACAUCUUUUUUUCUUUCUAUAUCUAAUCUCGUGUGAGCUGCACUUGCUGUGGGCAAUGCGUGAUCUUGGUUGAAUAAUUGUUGUACCUUGCUGCAAACUAGUGAGGAAUUCAUGAUAUGAUUUUACUCGUCUUGUUAUGACCGGAUCAUGAUUUGAUCGCCAUUUUGGUAAACUUCUUGAAUUGGGGAAAUGUUGUGUUAACAUGGAUUUUAGUACUAGUUAACUCUCUAUGCACGCAUAUUUUUCAUACGAUCUGGGAGAUUGCGAUAUUCGAUAUAUAUUGCUUCUCACAUUGUCUUCGAUCGAUCCGGUCAGCUGAUUUUUUGUAGGUUUGGGCUUCCUUCGGUUUGUUCUGGCUGGCCUGGUUUUCUUUGUCCAUGCUGCACAGUGAGGCGAUACAGGGGAGGCGGUAUCGAGGGUGAGGGGAUUACAUCUGCACUACUUCCCACUAUUUCCUGCUGCUCCAGGCUUUCGUGCUACUUCCCCGGGGGUUUGGAUUGCCCUCGGCGGGUGCUGCCCGUCGAUUAACGUCGUCGGCUUCUCUUCCUCACCACUUUAGAUCGGGUGGCUGGCUGCGCCAUCGCUGGCAUCGAGAUGGGUGUUGAGCGAGUGAUCGCUCUCAACGCGCCUCCCGUAUUCGCCGAUGCCAACAAGCCCAGCUCCCUCCGGCCACCAGCAGGUUUGCUGCUGAAACAACAAGCAGCUGCAGCUGCUGCUAACAUGCAAGCUGGAGGAGCACCUGGCAUAUUUGCUUACAAUGAUGAACAAACAAGGCAAAUGACUACAGAAACAACUGCUGAUGGAGAUGUGGUUCUUGGAACCCCAGUUGCUUCUCCUGUUAGUUAAUGGGGAUGUGCAUACUGAUAUCAGCCCUGAGAAUGCUGUGUGGUCCAGGGACAGAGAAGAUCGAGCAAAUGUGUUGAUUACUUGGUUGAAGCAUCUGCUGCAGAGGUUGGGGCGAUCACCGCUACUUUAGCUGCUAUAAAGGCGAGACAAGUUAAAGAAGAAACAAAUAGAGCAAGUUAUUGAAGUCUGGAAGGAUAUGCUGACAUUGUUGUUGCAACGAACAAGAAAAUGAUUUGCAUCUGGAAUUUCGAAAUAUCUGAAAUUUGGAAAUAUAUGGGCAUACACCUUGAGGAGGUUCUGGAGCAUGAGGGGUACGCCUGGUGACCCGCGGCAAGCAAAUUUCGUCUCCCAUAUGCUCCAUGUUCUAUUGGUUAUGGUCGGCUCUCUCCGUUUGCUUUGCAGACAUCAACAUUUCAGUCCCUAGAUGGGACAAGAAUGUGAGUGAGUUCUGUUCUGCUACCAUUGCUAUGUUACCUCCGGUCAAGAGUAGACUAAGAAAGCGCUGCUAGAAAGAGCACACUAGAAACCAAUACCUACCUUGGCUCCAGGUGGCUGGAUCUUUAGCGGAUCAAACCAUGAGAGGUUUAUGGUAGAUGAAUCUUUAGUUGAUCAACAAACGAAAUAACCAGCGAAAUUAGUGUUGCUUGGCAUAACUGUUAUAUGGGGAGAUUGACUGUUCCCCUUGUGUCUUGCUGCUUUUCAGCAACGUUAUCAUUAAUUAAUUUGUUCUCUCUCCACCCCACCCAGGGGCCUAGCUACAUGAUGUUGGUGAGGAACAGCAAAGAAAUCUAUGCAUGGGGUUUAUUUUGAAUUUCUAGUGUCUUUGAGAACGAUUAAACUUCUCGUUGUAUGAUGAUCAGAAGCAGUAGAAGAGUUUAUGGCUUUUCGACCAGCUUCUCUGCUGGUUGCUUC